AUGGUUAAAGCCAUCCUGCCCAGUGCUGCAAAACAGCUCCAGCUAAACAAGCUGGAUCAGGCUCCACAUGCAGUGCGGCUUGAGGUGUUUUUGGAAACCCUUGGGUUUAUAGAGGAGGGACCAGUGUUGGAGAGGCUGAGAGGGCUGAUUCAGAGAGGUGCUAGGAGUCUAGACCUGGGUGUGGCCCACGCCUACAGCCAAUGGCAGCGCUGCAUGAGGGAUGGCCUUGACCUGAACCAACUGCUGUGCUUCCCUCUACCUGAGCCUCAGUGUGCCUGGCUGUACAGGGGCACUCUGGUGCACCAGCUUGUGGACGAACUGAGAGGGGUGGUGACCCCAGAUUCUCUCCUGAUGGAAGACCCUUCCUCUGGGCAGCUGUACAGAGCCAUGCUGGAAGCCAUACUCAACUCCCAGGAAACUGAGACCACUGGACAACCUGACGGCCCCUCUGCAGAUUCUGGCGCUGGAGGAUGAAGAUUUUGAUGAUGAUGAUGAUGAUGAUGAUGAUGGAGUAGGUUGUAAUGAAUUCCCAAUGUCCCGCCACAAGAGGAAGGAAAGAUUCAUCAAAGCUCUGUUGAGUUAUAGAUAUAGGGACCACUAUAUAGGGACCACUAUAUAGGGACCACUAUAUAGGGACCACUAUACAUCUGCUGAGUUAUAGAUAUAGGUACCACUAUAUAGGGACCACUAUAUAGGGACCACUAUAUAGGGACCACUAAACAACUGUUGAGUUAUAUAUAUGUUUUCUGUGACAGUUUAGUGACAGAGGGCAUAGGUAGGAAGGACCCACUUGCACUCACACGGAGCAUACGAGAUAAGAGAUUUGACAUUGAUUAAAGAAAAUAAGAAAAAGUAGAAUAAAUUAAUUGUGACUGAGGUUUAUUGAAAUGAAAAUUCAAGGGUAAAUAUGUUAAAUGUUAAAGGUUGAAAACAUUGUGAAAUAUACAUUGUGAAAUAUUAAAGGGGAUUAAAGUAGUCCAGUAAAAUGGUUAAGAAUGUUAUAUUGUUGUUUGCUGUAAGGUGUGAUGCAUAUAGACUAUGUUUGUUAGGCUUAGAGGAGGAGGUUGAUAAUCUAAUAGUGUUGGAGUGUUUAAAAUGUUUUAUGUUUAGAAUGUAAUGGGAGUAAUAGGUGAGAUUGGAGUAGGAUUAGAACUGAGUGGAAUAAGAAACCUUC